GCUCCAUUUCCUCCUUCUGGGCUGAGUGGCUCGCUCCCUCAAUCAAACCAGCAUCGCUUCUCCCAACCAUUCCCCAAUUCCGAUGUUGCUGCGUUCGAGGGCAGUCCCGGCCCAGCUCGCCCUGCGAGUCCUUGCGCAUCGCCUGCUCUCCACAUCGACGUCGUCCGGCUCCCUCCAAUGGAACUUACCGCCCACAGUCGGUCGCAGAUUGCGGACGCACGGCUAUGCCGUUGUCGACGACGCCCUCCCCAGCCAGGAUUUGCUGACGUUUCGAGAUGAACUCGUCAACGCCGCCAUCGACAACACUGCUCUACUGACGGCCAACUCGACCAUCCUGGUGAAGAAGGACGGAUCCUCGACCCUGAUCCCCAAGCACGGCAUCGGCGAGUUCGAUCUGUCCAAUGCUGCCGUUGCCCACAAGCUGCCGCAACUGGCCCGGUUCUCGGACUCGGGCGAUCUGAUCCGGGUGCUGCAGCCCCUGCUGUUCCCCGACAACGAGCGACGCCUGGCACGGCAGACCGUCAAGGCCCAGAUCAACUUUGGACGAGGAGCAUGCUUUCCGCUCCAUUUCGACACCGACGCCUCGAUCGACCAUCGCGCCGUGACGGCAAUCAUGUACCUCAACGAGGACUACCAGAGCCCCGACGGUGGCUCGAUCCGAGUGUAUCCCUUUCCUGGUGCAGUUGUCGAUAUCGAGCCAAGGCUGGGCCGGCUUGUGUUGUUCUCGUCGGCAUGGUGCCUGCAUCGGGUGCUCCCGUCGACAGCCAACUCCAGGCUGUGCUUCACCACCUGGAUCACCACAGACGAGCCCAGCCCAUAUCCAAAAGAUCCCCCGUCCGAGCCCACCGAUCCCGAUGGCGACGAAGCGUGGGAGUAUCUCAUGUAUCCGACACACCGCAAUCACAUCCUCAAGCUCGUCUACGCCGAUGAAUGGGCUCGGUCCAUUGUCGAAAGCCAUCCGGCCGGGCACCUGCACGAUCUGCUGCUCGAGCAACACUUUCGAGAUGCCGAGAUCAUCGCCAGGGCGUAUGGACGGUAUUUGCCGCUACUGGACCGAUAUCUCGCCAGUGGAUCGCUCGCUCCACGGGUUUAUGGAUCCGAGCCCCGGGAUGAGGCCGAUGUCGAUCCCGAGCGCAAGGUGGCGUGGUUCUGAAGCGCCGAUGCUGACCGGAUGCGAUCGAGUGCGUGCAAUAGAUUGAUCCCAUUCCCAAGC